UAAAUAAAGGCGAGAAAACGCUUAAAAACAAACCAGGGUGAGGCUGUAGAAAUCGACCAUAAACGGAUAUCAUGACUUAUUUGGUUUAUCUAUUCACGACAAUAUAAAACUGCCCAAGGAAUAAUUAUAAUUAUGGCCCAAGUAGUCAAGUCUGGAUGGCUGAAGAGAUUUAGUCGGAGUUUAUUUAGUGGAGGAUGGAAAAAUGUAUGGGUAGUACUACAUAAAGACAGUGCUUUAGUAUUUUACAAUAACCAGGGUGAUCAUACACCAAAGGGAAGUGUUUAUUUAAAUAAUGUAUGCAAUUUCCUAGCUGUUGGUAACUAUACCAGUGUCAUACCAGACAGGCCAACAGGGGUACAGGUAGAAUGCCUGAUAGCAGUACCACAAGAACCAAGCAAAACAGCUAAAAUCAAUUGGUUUCUGUGUAAUUCACAACAAGAAGUAAAUGAUUGGAUGUCUGCAAUUGUAUCAACACUCCCACCACCACCACAACAGCAGCAGGCAACGGCUCCAAGUGCACCUCCAUUUACUGCUAGCCAGCCACCAGCCAGUGGAGCAGCUCCUCUAGGAUUUGGAGCAGUAGCAGGGGCAGCAGCAGCAGGCUCAGCACCCCCACCAUAUCCACAACCAUCACAACCAUAUCCCUCAGGACCCCCAGGGGGAUACCCAGCACAACCUCCAGGGGGAUACCCACAACAACCCCCUGGGGCAUAUCCACAACAGCCCCCUGGGGGAUACCCACAACAACCCCCUGGAGCAUACCCAAGGCAACAACAACCAUAUCCACAGCAGCAAGGUUACCCUCAGCAGCAGUAUUACCCACAGCAACAGCCUUACCCAGGACAGCCAGGUCCCUCUGGGUAUGCUCCACCUCCUGCAGGUUACCCCCAGCAGGCCUAUGCUGGUGCCCCCCAGGGAGCAUAUGCUGGUCAACAACAAGUGUAUAGAAAAAAGAAGAAGAAGGGAAUGUUAGGGGGCAAUGCUGCAAAGAUUGGUGCAGGUCUUUUAGGAGGUGCAGCAUUAGGAUACGGAGCGGGUAAACUGAUGGGUCACGGCAUGGGCUGGGGAUUUGGGGGUGGCUGGGGUCACCAUGGCAGCUGGAGUUCACUGGACAGUUGGGGCAGUGGAGGAAGCUGGGGAAGUUGUGGAAGCUUUGGAAGUUUUGGUGGGGAUUAAAGAGUCUGUAUUGUUCACUCUCUUUACACAGAAUGCCAUUUUAGACACAAAUGGAUUGAGGUUAGAUAUAUUGCUGAAAAUCUAUAAAUAUUCUGUAUGCUUUAAGGAUGAUAUACUCCAUGUUUUUUAUUUAGAGAACCAUGGGCUAGAAAAUAAUAGUUCAACACCAUAUAUGUAAUAAUAUUUCCACAAAGGGUUGUGUUUCUUAAUUUUUUGUGUCAACACUUGUGAAAAAACUGAUAAUUUAUUUAUGAGUCAUAAAAAUGAAUUUGUUUAACUACUUUGUGUUCAACAGCCUGUUGCUGAAAUGACAUAAAUUGUCUAGCAGAAAUAUUCUUGUUGAAUGCCUUUCUCUUGUGAAGUCACUGAAUUUUUCUGCAUGAUGACAUAUUUUGUAUUCAGCAUAUUCUCACUAAAUCUGCAAUUUUAAGGUCCUUUAGUUCAUAUAAAUGAUUGUAAAUAUAUUUUAGGCAAGGAUUCCAUUUACCUUUAAUAUUUAUUUGAGACUGAAUACAAAGAUCUGUCUUUGUGAAUAUUACAGGUGUACACGUUUUCAAAUGGUAAAUUUACUGCAUUUGCAUGUUGUUUUGAUAUAUUUUGUGUAAAUGUGUUCUUUAAAAAUAUAUGUCACGGUAAAGACUUAAUCAUUUCAACCGGGGGAAAAAUAAUCAAUUUUUCAGAUACCUAAUUUAAGAAUAAUAAAAAAUUCAUUUCUGUGUAGCAAUUUUAUGCUUAUACUGUAUAGAAUGAAACUUUAAGGUAGUCUGGUUUUCCACUGUGUUGCUACCACUCAAUAGGAGUGUUCUCAUUUCAAGAAUUUAUCUCUUACAAAAAAUACAGUAUCUCAAAGUCAGGUUGAAAUGAUUGAGCCAUUACUGUAUCACUGCUUUCCAUUCAUAUUGAAAUUAUAUUAUUCUGCUCUUCGUGUUGGAUUUUUGUCCAUAAGCUUGAAAACUUUAUUUACAACAGGGAAGUUAGUCUCUUGUUCUUCCCCUUUGUGUAUAAUUGUCAUUAUAUGUGUGUGUUAUUCUGGAGAAAAUAUAUCUAACCUAUAAUAUAUUAUAAAAAUGCUAUAUAAAGGGUUUUGUGUAGUCAAGAUUAUGUAAAUGGCCAUGCACUGAUUAAAAAAGUGAAGUUGGCUGAAUAACUGUAAGAAAUUAGUUUUACACCUACCCAGUAGAAUGUCUGUGAAGUUACAUAAGCUCUUAAAAGUAUGAAUAGUUGGAGGAAAUGUUAAAAACAGUGAUAACAUUUUUAACCGUUUUUAUAUUAUUAUUAUCAGUCAUUAAGUUUUGGAGUAAAUGUUUUAUCUACGGGUUUA